AAUGGAGGGUUCAAACACAAAAUUACAACCUCAAGUGGUGAAGUCCUGCUUGGUGAACAUCAGAAAGGAAGACCAAAUUUUAAAUAGGGUAAAAUACAAGGUUAAAAACCAACAGAGGCACCAAAAGAGUUUCAAAGUAUUUUGUAAAGUCUCUAAAUUGUUAAAGAAGCUCUUUGCUACAAAGGACCUGUCUCAGCUAGAUGACUUAAUAGCAGCAGUUGAGAAGUGAGGAGAGCUGUUCCAUUGGAAUAUAGAGAAGAAGUUAUUCGUUCCAUAUAGUGUUAUCAUGUACUCAAGUAUGAGCAGGCUCUUCUUCCUUCUCAGUAAUAUAAAGAAGGCCAUAUAA